ACUCUUGAGUGGGGUUUGGGGAAGAUAUACCUUUUCUGGCACCGUGGAGUGUUUGUAGCUUCGUCGUCUUCCUCUUCUUUCCCCAGCUCUGUUAUUUCAUUUUUACUCCACUCCCUCCCUUUCUCUCUCUAUCCCUUCCCCCUUCCUCUCUCUUCCUUCCAGCUUUGCUGAUGUAUUUGGGGGCUGAGGUAUUUAGCUUGAAGAGUGGUAGGUAGUUCAAGAUCCAAAGAUGUUGGAUGGGAUUCUCGGCCGAGGCUUUACAUCCAAGUGCAAAUCCCAGAUUAAAUUGACCAAAAGUCGGAUCGAUGUGAUUCGGAGGAAGAAGAAAGCAACUCUGAAAUUUCUGAAGAAAGAUAUUGCUGAUCUACUCGCAAAUGGGCUGGAUAUUAAUGCUUAUGGAAGGGCUGAGGGGCUUCUAGUUGAAUUAACAAUUUCGUCCUGUUAUGAUUUCGUGGAGCAAUCAUGUGAUACUGUGUUGAAGCAUCUUCCAAUCAUGCAAAAGCAGAGGGAAUGUCCAGAGGAAUGUUGUGAGGCUAUUGCAUCUCUAAUGUUUGCUGCUGCUAGAUUUUCGGAUUUGCCAGAAUUGCGCGAGCUCAGGCAAAUCUUUCAGGAGAGGUUUGGUACUUCUGUGGAACAUUUGGAGAACCGGAAGUUUGUUGAGAAUUUAGCUUCCAAGCCUUCCACAUUGGAGAAGAAAGUUCAGUUAUUGCAAGACAUAGCUUUGGAAUUUUCAAUUAAAUGGGAUUCUGUGGGCUUUGAGAAGAGAAUGUCCACUCCCCCAGCCUAUGCUCAGGGCUUACCUAAAGAUUUUGGGGCUCACAAUGCUGCAAUAGAAAAAAGUCCUUCCCAUGCUAAGGCAAUUGAUCCAAGAGUGAAGGAUGGUGGUGUGUCAUACAGAGAAAAAUUUGAGGAAGCAAAUGCCAGGCACAGAUUCCUCAAUCCUAGUGAUAGUACCAUUGUAGGAGGAAAAGAACUCAAGUUUCAGCCGAAACAAGAAUUUCCCCGACACAGACAUGAGAAUAGAGUAUACGACGAAGAAGAGACGAUCUUGAAAUCCGAUGGUCGUAUAAAUCUUUAUGGAGAGAAAAAAGGUCAUGAAGCUAGAAUUGGUAGAAUGGGCAGUUCUUCUUCGAGUGAAGUACAGAAAGAUGCAGAUAAUGAACUAGUUGUGCAGAAUGGCAGAGAACGGAGAGUUCCAGAUUACUUGAAGUCUUCACCUUACAACAAUCCAGGUCUUGCUCCAACUAGUAAGCAUGAAGCUGGAAAUGGGAUGAUGAGCUCUGCCUUCGGACCUCGUAGAAUGGGCAGUUCUUCUUCCAGUGAAGUAUUGGGCGAUGUAGAUGAUGGAAGAGUUGUGCAUAAUAGCCGAGAGAGGACAGUUCCAAAUUACUUGAAAUCUCCACCUUACAGUAAUCCAGGUCUUGCUCCUAGUAACAUUAAAGAGCCAUCAUCUGGCAAUACUCAUACUGGGCAUGGAUAUGCAGUUCAUCAAGGGAAGGCUGAGGAGGAUAAACAUCAAAAUACAAAGCCCAGCUUCAACAGUAUCCUCCCUCCUCCAUAUGUAAAGGCCAACUCUAGAAGAAAGGAUAACAAGGAUAGGAGCCAUGACAACAAUUGUGUCAAGUCAGAAAUGACCACCGGUGUCGAAUUAGAACCCCGCCAUUCUGACCAUGAGAGGCAGGUUAUUAGUCCUUUGAGAGCAAGUAGUCAUGGUGGUGAAAUGGAUCAUUUCUUUGGUGGUCGGAUACCUCCCGACGCUCUGCCGAAACCAAGAUCAGUUCGGAGAAGGCACCACAAGCCACGUUCAAGUCAUUCAGUUGAUGACAAUGCUGAGGACAUUCGAACGGUGAGAAAGAAGUCAAGAAGUAGUAGUAGGAGAAGGGAUGAUAAACGAGGCUUGCAGCUGUUAAUAGACGAACAGGAGAAUGAAAGGGAUGAAGAAGAAAGGAUAAUAGACAAGCUUUUGAUACAUUAUAGUAAGAAACCAUCAACCUUUGAACCGGGAAAGAUAAGAAGGAAACCCAAAAAUCAUCUUUCUCUUGGAAAUGGUACUGAUUCUGCCAAGUCCCCUUUGAAUCUAAGAAGCAGAGAUGAAGCUGAUAAGCAGGCAGACACAGUUCAUCCACCAGCUCGAUCAGCUUCCCUACCUCCUGAACAUCAUCUGGGUCCAUCAGAAACAACCAAAGUAUAUACUCGAGCUAUUUCCUUUCAACCAGACCGAUCAAGUGCAGCUAAACAUGUUCAUCCUAAAUUACCUGACUACGAUGAUUUGGCUGCCCGAUUUGCAGCCUUGAGAGGAAGGUAAAUCUUUGUCCUCUUUUGGUUGCCUCUCCCACGAACCUUUUACCCAUUUCACAUUGUAUAGCUUUGCGUGUAUGUGAGCUGCAUCUCGUCAUAUCUCCCAUCCAUAGUCCCAUAGUCAUCAUUGCUUUUUGAAGAUUUAUAUUGUUUGACCUGUAAUAGCGAGUGUACGACUUCAAAAUUUGAAAUGAUACAGAUGUUGAUAGCUAAAUGUAAGAUCAACCCAACCCCAUUCACGAGCUGAGUCGCUAGUGUUACCCAGCUUGCCCCAUCAUCAUCCACAAAGGAACAACUUUUCUUUUCCUAUUUGUUUAAAAAAUGCAUCUUGCUCCCGA